UCCUGCGCGCAACAGCAUAUUCCCCAUCCCCCUUCCUCUCCCGUCGCAGUGAAGACGGACGGCGACGCGACAGUUAGCCAGCCGGCCAGCCAUGCUCGGUCUCAGAGCCACCAGGGCCGCGCGCCUCCCGUGCCCCUACCCCUCCCCCUGCUCCCCCGCCUCCCUCUCCGGGCUCGCGCGCCGCGCCCCGCUCCUCGCCGUCGCCAGCCCCGCGCCGUCGCCGCCCGCCGCCCUCUCGCUCCUCGCGUCCGCGCGGCCCAUCUCCGCGGCGUGGGGCUCGGCCAUGCGGCCCGCCGGCGAACAACCCCGGCCCAGCACCAGGGUUCUCUGCACCGCUGCCAGUGGUAGUGUUCCGAGAGAGGGGAAGGAGGUGCUGGUCCAGCAUCUGCUUGUCGGCGAAAAGGACGCCAGGCUUCUCGUCGAUCUGGAGAAGAGCAUCGCAUCAGGGGCAGACCUGAGUGACUUAGCCGUGGAGCACUCCUUAUGUCCAUCAAAAGAAGAUGGCGGUAUGCUUGGAUGGGUUCGGAGGGGACAGAUGGUACCAGAGUUUGAAGAAGCAGCAUUUAGUGCACCUUUGAAUAAAGUUGUGCGGUGUAAGACAAAAUUUGGAUGGCAUUUAGUGCAGGUGCUCUCUGAGAGGGACCAAUGCUUGCUGCAAGAUAUUCAACCAGAAGAGCUUCACGCAAAAAUGCAAGAUCCUAGUUUUAUUGAAGAAGCUCAAUUGAUUGAUGUUCGGGAGCCUGAUGAAGUGGAGAGAGCAUUCCUUCCAGGCUUCAAGGUUCUACCUCUCCGCCAAUUUGGAACCUGGGGACCAGUGAUGACAGAUGAAUUCAAUCCUCAAAAGGACACUUAUGUUCUGUGUCACCAUGGCAUGCGCUCGAUGCAGGUAGCCAAGUGGCUGCAGUCACAGGGAUUCCAAAAGAUUUACAACGUUGCGGGCGGAAUCCACGCGUACUCGGUGAAAGCUGAUUCUUCCAUCCCGACUUACUAGCCGUCAUACCGAUCAGCGUUCCAACCCCAGAGGCUUCUCUGCGUGCUUUACCAUGCUGAACUAAAAUCAUAGCCCGGUGCCUGUUGGUAGAACUUGGCAUUGGUUUUGUGUCGAUGCCGGGAUUCAGAGCUAAAAUUUUCUUCUCACGCGGUAUCUUGUACUAUCAUGUAAUUUUUUUCAGAAGUUGUCAACGGAACUAGUACGGAUCGUAUCAAUAUGAAUAUAAAUGAAAUAUUCGAGAGAUGAUCAUUGGAAGAAUAA